GUUUAGACACCACCAGGGCGGCCAGCAGAAGAACCCAAUGAAACUGCUCAGUGUUGCCCAGCGCCAGCCCGAUUGUCUGGCCAUGAUCAAGGGCAACAGGGAGGAGAUUGAAUAUUCACUGAAGUACAUGGAGGAGAAUAAGCCGCUGAGGAUGCCGCUGUCUGUGUUGUCCAGAGCUGGCUCCAACUGUGAGGACUUUAUUAGGUCCAGAGGCUACAUCACACACUCACUGCCGGAGGAGACAGCAUUCCCUAUAGCAUACUCAAUCAUGAUGUACCGAGACGCAGACCAAGCAGAGAGGCUGCUGAGAGCCAUCUACCGGCCACACAACUACUACUGCAUCCACGUGGAUGCCAAGUCUGACCAGAAGAUCCAUGUUGCCAUGAAAGCCAUUGCUGGAUGUUUGCCGAAUGUCUUUCUCUGCUCUAAACAGAACAUUGUCGACUGGGCAAAGUUUAACUCUCUAGAGCCAUGGCUCUACUGCAUGCAGGAUCUGUGGAAGUUCUCCUGGAGGUACUUCAUCAACCUGACUGGGCAGGAGUUCCCUUUGAAGACCAACCUACAGCUGGUUCGAAUCCUCAAGGCUCUCAACGGGGCCAAUGUUGUGGAUGCUACAACAUCUGUAUUAUACUCCAUGAGAUGGUACGAAAACUUCCCGCCUCCGUUCAACAUCAAACCCGUGAAAGGUUUGGUCUUCAUGCUGGCCAGCCGCGCAUUUGUCGACUACAUGCUCCACAACCCUGUGGCCAGGGACUUCCUCCAGUGGGUGAGCAGGACGGACUUUCCUGACGAGACGUUCUUCUCUACGUUGAACCAUAAUCCACAUCUGGGGAUUCCCGGCUCUUAUAAAGGCCAGCCGGAGACAGAUGCUGUGGUGAAACCGUACAUUGCCAGGUUUGUCAACUGGGGAGUUGGUUGGCUGGAUGGGAAAGGCAGAUACCCCUUUUCCUGGCCCUGUGGUGGCAAGCGUGUCCGUAGAGUCUGUAUCUUCGGAGUCCGUGACCUUCCUCUGCUGACCAAUCGAAAGGAGCUGUUUGCGAACAAGUUUAUGAUUGACUUCCAACCGUUGACUUUGGACUGCCUGGAGGAGUGGCACUUCAACAUGACCUUGGUGGAGUACGCCAGAAAACUGUCCAUCGAUACCACCUGGUACCACAACCUGGACAUUGUCAGAAACCAAGUGACUUAA